UUCAAUUCCAUAAUUCUUAUUUCGUACAUCGUUUUGGUAAAAUUUGAAAUUAAGAAUUGUUAACGGUUGGCACAAGUCAUCGUACCUAUUCUGUUAUACUCUCCUUGAGCAUUGAACCCUUCAGAAGUAUGUCUGGUAGACUAGUUAGAACAAGACCAAAAAUUGAAAAAGAAUCCACUAGCCCAAUCAACCGUUAAAUUCAAAAUCACGAACUUCGAACACCCUCUUCACCCUGCUACACCUCCGCCGACACCCGAAGAAAUUGGCAGACAGCGCGUCGCCAAUAUGGGGGAUAUGGCUCGUGCCACUGAUAGGUCAGUCACACCACCCACCACAAAUAUGCACAUGCUACCGACACCGUCCUUCGACGAACACUUGUCUGUACUUUUUUACCUGUUUCCGAUUCAAAUCUUAACGGAUAAUUUAUUCAUUUGAAGAAGUUUGAUGCUGUAUGUCUGACGAAGACCUUUGUCUUACCAUUAUUUAAGAGUAAAUUCAUGGCUUAAAAGUAUUCUUUGUUGCAUUUAAUAUUUGACGCGGUGAUCUAUCGGUAUUUUUUAACGAUUCGUGUUUUUUGACGAAAGUUUUAUACAAUUUUUUUAAAAACACUUCGAGACGUUACUUGAACCACGAGUUGAUCGAGUAAGUACCAAAUAAUAUUGCAUUAAAAUGUCGUCCAAGCAUUCGUACCAUGGAAACUUGCAAGAAAGAUUGCGUAAUCUUUCGAUUAGAACGAAUUGUCCGACAAGACAAGAAAAUGGCCAAAGGUACUUGGGUCCGCCGGUAAAUUGGAUCGAGAAAGCGCCCACCAACGCCGAAAUAUUCAUUUCCAAACUCCCAGCCGAUUGUUACGAAGAUGAAAUUUACGACUUUUGUUGCCGCGUGGGUAAAAUUUAUCUGAUCAGGUUGAUGAUAAAUUUCGAAAAUGAGAACCGAGGAUUUUGUUUCGUCACGUUUUCGUCGGCUAAGGAAGCCGAAGAAGCGGUCGUUUUACUACCCCAGAACCCGCUACGUAAAGGACAUUACGUACACGCUGAGAUUAGCUUCAAUAACUGCACGUUGAAAAUGUACGGAUUGGAUUUUCGUUGGAAUGAUGAAAACUUGGAACAAGAAAUUCGUACGAAUACUAAAGAUGUGGUGAAUGUGACCAUUAAACGAAAUAUGGCUCAGAGAACGUUGAUGGCCACGUUGUACUUUGAUACACAUCAGAAAGCGGCUAUAGCUCGUCGUAAACUUAGCCAAAUCGCCAACUCGAGAUGGGGUCAGAAUGUGAAAGUAUUCUUGUGGAGUAAGAAGCUGCAGAACAAAGGAUCGAUGAAACAGGAUUCUCCAAACGAGAAAAAUUAUUCGCCCAGGAAGAAAUCUUCGGAAAGAUACGACGACGAAUUGUCUACGAAAGAUUCCAGAAACGAUUUCGAUACUCCUUUCAUUCCUCUCGGACCGAACGAAGAUUACAAAUCUCCUUCUAAAAGUUUUACACCGGAAAACUUGUCGCCAUUCCCGGACUUCUCUUCGCCUUGGUCUAAUCAGUCUCUUUUCUCGUCAUCUAAACAAUACAACGAUUUCGACGACAAAUACCAAACCAGCGAAUUAUUCCCGAAACCGGACAACGUAUUUGAUUUCAACAACAAUAAAUUUUCGUCGAUGAAUCAUUUCAAGAAAAUGGACGCCUCCGUUGGAACUUUUGAUGGGCCGAAUUUCGAAUUGUUUUCAUCUUGCGAAAGUACUCACACGUUUGGCUCGGCAUUCGGUACUCCGCCGUCGAGCUCGUAUUGUACUCAAGUGACCAACGAUAGUCCUAUGAGUUCCUUGUUCCCAUUUUCCAACGAAAGCUCUCCUGGUGGAUGUUCCAAUUCCAACGGUUCGGAUACCGAUUUUUACUCCAUCUAUGGUACGUCAUCUUGGAAUAAUGACAACGAUCGUCAAUUCGCCAAGUCGUAUUUCAACGAUACUUACGAAAGUAACCAAUUUACAAGCUCGCUUUACCCGAAUGUUCCUGAAAAACAAAUAGAAACAAUACUUCAAGAAGCUUUAGAAGCUUUAGUUUUGAACAAAUGUGAUGAGAACGAUCAUCACCAGUUUUUCUUGUAAAGAACCAGUCAGCGUUUUUGUUUGUAUUGUUUAUUUAAAUUUGUUGCUCGUUCGUAAGUUAUUUAUAUACUAUAAGUUUAUUUACGGUGCCAUAUUUUCUUUUAUAUUUUUUAAUUAUUUAUUUAUUUAUUCAAAACUAUUUAUUUUCGGAUACGCUUUCUCAAUUUUUUUUUUUGAAACGUACCAUUAUUAAUAUAUUAUAAGUUAUUAAUGAAGAUAAUAAUCUUCAUUACUUUUUCCUAUAUUUCAUAAGCUCGUUUAUUUAUUGAAUCCAUUCUCUUUAUAUUUUAAAUUCAUUUUUAAUAGCUUCUUAAAUGAUAUUUUCUCCAACUUGUAGUUGAUAUGUUUAAAAUUUGAUAGAAAUUUUGUAUUUAUGCUGCAAACUUUAUUUUUAAAAUAUGUUUUAAUAGUGUUUUUUCCACCGCACUAUUACUGAGAUAUUUUAUCGUCAUCAAUUUUUUAAAUAACCAUAUUUUUAAUCUGGUUAUUAUCAUCAAUUUUUCUACAAAUUUUAUUUCUAAAGAUGCUUUGAGAAUUCAGUCAACUCGUACACAUUAAAGUUAAUAUGUAAUAUUUCUAAUCUAGAAAUUGAAUCGAAUCGGAUAUCUCUUGUAUCGUGAUAUUGCUUAUUUCGUAAAUCGUUCUUAUAAUAAUUGUAUUUAAAUCGUACGAAAUCGUUUUGAUAUUGGUAUUUUUGUAAUAAUACGAAAAGCCCUUAUUGACUAAAUGCUCAAAAGGAUUCUCCAAUUAAGUAAAAAUUAUUCAAACUUACGAGAAGCAUCAUCUAUAUAGCGACUGAUAAAAUUGUAUAGUACAAAUUCGUUUCUUUAAGGUUAUUUCGUGUUAAUUUGUAUUUAAGGAUGCUUUAAGCAUUAUUUUUGUACGUUUUUGUCGUUUUUAUACUUAUUAUUAAUUAAUCAAAUAUAAUUUGAUUUUGUUGCA